AUGUUACAUCAGGCAUCGUCGAAUAGAGCUGCAUCUUCAGCUUUGCCGAAUCCAAAGCAACAAGUCUCAUCGCUGAAUGCUACCAACAGUGGCGUCGACAUUACGGCUGUUCUAUUGGCUACAGCAAGGAUUCGGGUAAAGGACAAUCAAGGAACGUUCAUUCUUUUGCGUGCAUUGGUCGAUCAAGGGUCCCAGCGUUCGUUCAUCAGUGAAGCUGCGGCGCAACUCUUACGGCUACCACGUCAAGCGACAAAUCUGACAAUCAGCGGCAUCGGGAGUCAUUCAACGAGCAGCAAGGGAGCGAUAUCUGCUCAAUGCAAAGAGAAAUGGGCGACAAGGUGUUUCAACUUAUCUCUUGUCGUAGUAAACCAUAUAACGGACAAGAUUCCCCAGUCCAAGACACCAUGUAAGAUAACUGAAUUGAGACAGGAGGACUUAGCUGAUUCAUCGUAUAACAUUCUGGGAAAGAUCGACGUCCUCCUGGGUGCUGACGUUUAUGGCGAUCUAUUGGAAAAGGGCGUAAUCCGGAUAAAGAAUACCAAAGUUUUGGCUCAAAAAACCAAAAUCGGUUGGAUCCUGUCCGGGCCUGUCAACCAAGUAAUACGAACAUCAGAACCUUCCAUGAGUAUGGUUAGCAUCGAACAGCUAGAUGCUGACAUACGAAAAUUAUGGGAACAGGAAGAGUUACCACAAGAGCGAAUCCUCACCCUAGAGGAAGCAGACUGCGAGAGGCAGUUCACCCCAACUACUAAGAGGGAUCCAAAGUCAGGCCGAUACAUAGUCAGGCUGCCGAUUAAGCCUGAUAUGAACCCCUCCAUCCUGCUGCAUCCGUCGUUAAAAGACGCUGUCAUACGCCUCCGCCAGACAGAGGCAAAACUCGAACGGAAUCCAGAGCUCAAAGCGCAGUACAAUGCAUUCCUAAAGGAAUAUCUGGAGUUGGGACAUAUGAGCGAGGUCCCAUCCGCAGAAAUUUUUUGCAAACACUCAUACUACUUGCCACAUCAUGCUGUAGUUAGAGAGGACAACACAACUACGAAAGUUCGCGUCGUAUUCAAUGCGUCCCAUAAAACUUCCUUCGGCACCUCGUUGAACGAUAUCCUAAUGGUGGGACCAAAUACGCAAUACACCAUCUUUGAAAUAUUGCUGCGGUGGAGGAGGCAUAAAUACGCAUUGGCUGCUGACAUUGAGAAGAUGUACCGACAGAUACUCGUGGACAGUCGAGACUGCGACUUACUGCGAAUUGUUUGGAGACCAGAACCCCAGGGUCCAAUAAAGCACUACCGGCUAAACACAGUCGCUGAAGACGAGCAAUUCACGUCACCAUCAGCAAGUGAAAGCAUCAAAAAGGACUUCUAUGUAGAUGACUUGCUGACCGGAUCUUCGACCAUAGAAGGUGCAGCGAAAUUGCAAAACGAUAUUGUGAACGUUCUCAAAAAGGCUGGAUUUAACAUUCGAAAAUGGUCCACGAAUUAUGAGGAGGUUCUGAAACAUGUAAGCACCGCUGACCGGGAAACGUCUGACGUAGUCAACAUCAAUCUAGAAAACACCGUCAAGACAUUGGGUUUGCAAUGGAUUCCUAAAGACGACAUAUUCACCUUUAAAGUGAAACUGCCUCAUAUCUCAGCGAACGAGCCAGUUACGAAACGAAUAAUUACAUCCAAUGCUGCAAUAUUAUUCGAUCCGCUUGGUUGGAUCCAACCCAUCAUAAUAGUUAGCAAGAUAUUUAUCCAAAGGUUGUGGCUACAGAAACUGGAUUGGGAUAAGCCCGUACCUGACCAGUUGAAAAUCGAGUGGCUGACCUACAUGAAGGAGUGA